AUGACUCAUACAAACAAUGGAUUUUCUGAAAAUGGUACUCAGGGUAAUAAGUUUGGUAGAGGAAUUCCAUUCCGUGAAGGUGCUCCAAUGCAACUAUUAAGAUUUGAAGCCAAUCAUGGAAAGUUCGGUAAAAUUGUGCUAAAUAAAGAAGCACUAGAUGUUCUUAAACAGAUUCGUGAACCACUUGCUAUUAUCUCAGUAGUUGGUUCAUAUCGCCGUGGUAAAUCUUGGUUCGCAAAUGUAUUGCACGGUCGUCAUGACGGUUUUGAUUUAGGAGCAAAAGUCGAAGGGUGCACACGGGGGAUAUACAUGUGGUCUCCUCCUUUCACAUUGAAAAGUAAACAAUCCGAUGGCAGCACGAUUCAAAAACGUGUAAUUGUUCUCGAUUCCGAAGGAAUCGAUGACCCAAAACAAGACCAAAAUUGGGCGACAAAACUAUUCAUUUUAUGUUUAGCUUCUUCGUCAACUUUCAUUUAUAAUAUCAAUGGUAUCGUCGGCAGGGAUGAUAUCGGCAAAUUGUACCUUAUGACCGAUUUAAGUAAAUUCAUUCAAGAACCCGAAGAUGGUGACUUUUUACCCAGAUUAGUUAUCUUACUUCGUGAUUUCACUCUGGAAAAUCCAGAUAGCUUCAAGGAUUAUUUUCUGGAAAAAUUACAAAAUGUCAAUCCUGAAGCUGCUACGGGCAUUGGUAAAUUCUUUUAUGACUUUAAUGUUUAUGGAUUACCACAUCCCGGUUGUAAAAGAAAAAUGUUACAACAUUUGGAAGAUGCUGAAACCGAUGAACUUGAUGAGGAAUUUGUUGAUGAAGUAGAGAACACCGUAAAAGAAAUCUAUUCUCAAUUACCCUUAAAAUACAUAGGUUCAUCCACCAUGAAAGGAACGGCAUUUGUAAAGUUCUUGCAAGAUAUCGUGGAGCGUAUGAACAGUUCAGAAACUUCUUCACUUCUCUCGAUUCCCUCCGAAUAUGAAUCAAUUAUACAAUAUGUUGCACAAGAAGCAAUAAAAGAAGCUACAAUUUUAUAUCAAGAAAGAAUGAAUGUUCUGAAUGAAGAAGGAAAACUCCCAAUGAUAUGGGAAGAUUUUAAUGAGAUUCAUGAAGAUAGUAUUUCAGAGGUCAACCAAUUGUUCUUUGAUAAAGUCAUUGGAAGUCCUACACAGAUGGAAGGUUUUAUUGAACGAUUAAAUGAAGAUAUAAAUAAAUGUAAAGAAAUAUUUCUGAAAAAAAAUUCCGAAGAAUUAACGAAUCGUAAUGAACAUAUUGCAAAAAUUUUAUGGGAAAAAUAUGUAAAGUCUGGAUUAAAUCUAGAAAAUUUAUUUGAGAGUACCGAAAUAUUUCAAGAAGCAUUGAACACGUUUGAAUUAUCUUUUGAGAAAGCUAUGAUGAAGUCUCCAGAAGCCGCCAAAGUAAUUGCGUCAUACAUGCAAGAUCAUUAUCCGACCGCAAUUGAUUAUAUGACGCAAUUGGGAAAGAUGAACGCGGAAUUAGCUAAAGCGAUGAUCGCUAAAGAAGAAGCCGAGAGAUUACGUUUAGAAUCAAUAGCACGUGAAGAACAAUUCCGUAUGGAAAUUGAAGGACAGAAACGUGAACGUGAAGAAACCGAAAGGCUGUUUAAGAUUAAAAUGAUGGAAUUAGAAACAAAUAUCGAAGAACAGCAAAGAUCCCACGAAGAAAUGAAAUAUCGACUUAUUGAAGAAAGGGAACGCGUUGUUGAAAAAUAUAAUCAGAAAAUGGAAGAAAUGCAAGAAACUAUGCUUGAACAACAAAGAUUGAACGAAGAAACUAAUAAAAAUUUACUUGAUGAACAACAAAGAAACUUUGAACAAAUACAAAGAUCUGCUGAAGAAGAAAAUCGUAGAUUAAUCGAAGAAUUGAGCAGGAAAUUAAACGAAGAAAAGGAAAAAGCUGUAGAAAAUCAAAAUCGAUUUUACCAAGAGCAACUCGCUCAGCAAAUCAAAGCUUCUAAAGAACAAACUGAAGCAAUUUUAGAAACGAUGCGAAGAGAAAAUAAUGACUUAAGACAAAGAAUUAAUGACAGUAAUUCCGGUGGUGGUUGUUUAAUUUCGUAG